UUGGAUGGGGUUUAAAACUGCACUGCAAGGUGUGAGAAUGCUUCCUGCCUUCACGAGCCUCAGACACUUUUCCACAACUACGAUGAGGAGAGCAGCGUCUGAGUUUCGAAUGACUGUCCCGUGGGGAGAGGUGAGAGGUCAGGUUUGGGGUCCUUCUAAUGGUCGUCCCGUGCUGUGCUUGCACGGUUGGGCUGACAACUGCGGGACAUUCAGUACCCUGGUUCCACUGCUUCCUAAAGACUGGAGAUUCGUAGCCAUUGACUUUCCAGGUCAUGGUCUCUCGUCUCAUAGGCCUGAUGGAUGCCUUUACACCUUCCCUUUGUAUGUGGCAGAUGUUCGGCGAGUUGUAGAAGCCCUUCAGUGGAAGCAAUUCUCUAUCAUUGGACAUAGUAUGGGUGGGAAUGUGGCAGGAAUAUUUAGUGCUUUGUACCCAGAGAUGGUUGAUGCUGUAGUUCUCUUGGAUAAUUAUGGAUACCUCCCAACACAAAUGACUGAGAUGUUUAAGAACAUGAGGAAAGGGAUUAAUGAUCAAAUCCACUAUGACAACAAGACGGAUGAGAGGAAAGAGAGGGUGUACACGUAUGAGAAAGCCAAAGAAAGAUUGAAGGCUGCAAACCCCUCCCUUUCCGAUCAGUCUGCAGACAUUCUGUUAGAGCGAGCUGUCAGAGAAGUUGAGGGAGGAUUUUUAUUCUCCAGAGAUUUCAGGAUAAACUUGAAAAACAUUGUGAAUAAUAAUAUGGAACAGUGCCUCCACAUGUUGUCACUAGUUAAAGCCAGAGUGAUGCUACUGCUGGCAAAAGACGGUCUAUUCAAAACGUUUACUCUACCUAAUGGAUAUGGUGAUUUGAUUCAGAAGAGCUGGGUUGAUCAAAAAGUGAGAUGUGCACACAUACACACAAACGCUUUGCUGAAAGCUGCACAUUUGCCUUGUGCUCAUAUGUAGCUUUGCCAGCUGCUAUUUGGCUUCGUUAUUCAGCAUUUUAAUUAGACGAUUCCAUCCGCUUAGCCUGGGUUUGAGACUUAAAACCCAAAAGCGCCAGUUCACAGACGAUCAAGGAAAGACUACAGGUAUGUAGAGACAUAUGAUAAAUAUGUGCAUGUGUGGAAGUGAUGCUUUAUCGCAUGCUGUAGAAAUAUGAUUAAUUUUUUUAGUGUAAUUCAUCUUCAUUGUACUUCAUCUUCAUUCUUUGUUGUACUUCAUUGACAGAACCUGCUGCACUGUUAAGUAUGAGUACCGUCAUACUUUGAUAUUGGAUUAUGCUGCAUUUCAUAUACUGCAGUGCACAGGUGUGUUCUCAUUUAGAGAAUAUUUGUCUCUCUGUUUCUCUCUUUCUAUACUUAUGAGAUAACACGAUGCCCUGGAUGUUUCUGGACUGGUUCGUCCCCGUCUAUCUGCUGGUCUCGGUCCUUGUCCUGGCUGGUUUCGGAGCAUGUCUGUAUUUUCUGGAGCCGGGUCUUCAAGAUGCCCACAAGUGGAGCAACAAGUCACUGAGGCACCAGCCGCUGGCUCCCAUAAGACAAACAUGCUGCAGAGAUGACGACAGCAAUGCCUUGUUAUGAUAGGGCAUGUGUGGAUGCUGCAAUGAGACGUUUGUGCCAAAUCAUAUUGUAUAUUGAUGCCACUUUAUCAAAAUCCAUUGUCUUUUCACAGGGUUUCUAUAGUUAUAUGCAAUGAUCUGCAAUCAGAUUACAGAGCAAAAUAGUAUAAUACACUGCAGAACUUGAUUCAUUUAUAUUUACAAAGAAUAUUAUUUGCAUUAAACUUUGUAAUCUCAACAAAAUUAGAUGUAUUCCCCUGCUAUUUCAAAACUAACAAUGAAAAUUGUCUCUACAGCAGUGGUUUUCAACUAGGGAUCCAGAAUCCACUAGGGCACUUAAAAUGAUUUAAAAUUAACACAUGUGACCCUGGACCACAAAACCAGUCA